GGCAGCGUCGGCAACCCUGUGAGCCCGCUCCGUCAGGGGCGCAGCAAAAGCCAGAUGAGUGCCAGCAGUGGCGGAUUCAGCGACGUGUCGGACGUCGGAGGCGGCACGAGUCCGCUCUCGCCCACUCUGGGGGCUCUUUAUCGCACCUCCAGCAAGGAGUCGCGCCGAGCCAGCAAAGAUCGCCGGGAUAGCAGAAAUAGUGCGCACAGUGAUAGCGCAAUGUCUGACAUCUCCGAUGCUCCGGCCCUCCACACGAUGGACCACGCCCAGGUGUGUGCUUUGGCCUCGGUGGAUGAGGAGGACGACCGGCAGAUCGAAGCAUCGCCGCGCGGCGGCGCGCAUCCUCCGCCGCUGGCACCGCCGGUGCCCAUAGCCGCUCAGAUCCCGCGACCUGAUGGCGAGGUGCCUGCCCAUGGCGAGGAUGAGGAGUUCACUGAUCUGGCUUUGAGAGCAAGCGUUUCAGGCACCUUCUCCGGGGGCCUAAUGUCCCAGCCCGCGAGCCCCAGCUUCCCGUUGGCCCUGCUUGGAAUUGCUCUUCCUGGCGUAGAUGCGGAGCCGCCCAUCGACUCGCAUCGCACCAACAACUCGGACUGUGUCAGUGGCAUCCUCCGGGAUCUUGAGUUCGAGAAGGGCCUCAUCGGGGGCCAGGACGACGAUCACGUGCAGUCCAGGCAGACGGAGCCGACAGUCGGCGGCACCGAUUCCCUGCUGGACGUGAUGCAUCACGAGCUCGGGCUUCCCUCGCCGUAG